GACUAACUCCUGCUGUUAAAUAUACAGGCUUUAAAGUCUCUGUGGUAACUUAGAGGCUCGGUCAGUGCUAAUUUGUUGGAUAACUAGAUUUGGCUUUUGGGAAAAUGGCUUCGUCUAGAGAACCAAGUGUUGAGCUCUUCAUUAAGGCAGGCCAUGACGGGGAGAACGUGGGGAACUGCCCCUUCUGUCAGAGUCUUUUCAUGGUGCUGUGGCUGAAGGGAGUUAAAUUCACAGUGACCACAGUGGACAUGAGAAAGAAACCAGAGGAACUGAAGGAUCUGGCACCAGGAACGAACCCACCUUUCCUACUAUACAAUGGGGUUCUUAAAACAGACUUCAUCAAAAUUGAAGAGUUCCUGGAGGCAACCCUUGCCCCUCCCAGAUAUCCUAGUCUCAGUCCAGUGAAUAAAGAAUCGUUUGACGUGGGUGCCAAUAUUUUCGCCAAGUUUUCAGCCUUCAUCAAGAACAGUCCAAACAACAGAGUACAAGAACAGGCUUUGCUAAAGGAGUUUAAACGUCUGGAUAUAUUUCUUAACACACCCCUACCAGAGGAGGUGGACCACAACUCCACUGUGGAUGUUACAGUCUCCAAGAGGAAGUAUCUCGAUGGCAAUCGCCUGACGCUGGCUGACUGCAACUUGCUGCCCAAAUUACAUGUUAUCAAGGUUGCAGCUAAGAGGUACUGUAACUUUGACAUUCCUGUUCAUUUCACUGGAGUACAUCGCUACCUGCAGAACGCUUACGAGAGAGAGGAGUUCAGCCAGACGUGCCCGGCCGACAUCGAGAUCGAGAAAGCCUAUCUGAGUGUCGCCAACAAGAGGUCAUAGAUUUCCUGCUGUGCCACUGUUCUGUACAAAUGAAUAAUGUUAAUCCUGUAGAUAUGUUUAAAUGAAAAAGCCAGAUUAGAUUUGGUAUAAGAUUGUAAUACUGUUAAUAUCCUGCAUUGUACUAAAGUAUAUUGUAAUGGUUUAACCAUAAUUACAAUUAUGA